UAUUAUAUUUGUGCAUUAACGAAAUGCAAAUAUUUGGUGUAUGAAAAAAAUAACACUGUAUGUCUUCAAAAUCGACAAAGAGAAAAAGAAAUUUUUACUGUUUAUUUCGCCAAGAAGAGGCCUUCCUGAAAUUAUCAAAGUUGCUUUCCAUCUGGUUAAUACAGUUUUUCUGAGAAUGUAGUUGGGUUCCCAAAAAAUUGAAACCCAAUAGUUACAGAUUUUGAAAUUCCAGUAGUGGCUCACAAUUUAUCUUCUGAAAGAGUGAUCACUUUGAAAAUGGAGAUGUCAGAUACAGAGUCUGGACAGCAGAGGUUCUCUCUUAGAGGAUGGAGAUUUUGGAUUCGACCUGUUGUUAUUGUAGUCUAUUCUCUACUUUUUCUGGUAACUGUACCAUUGGUUGCUGUAUAUCUUGAAAAAAGCCAAGAAUCACCUAAAACGGAAGCGUGGUUGAUUGCUGGGGUUUUUGUACUUUUCACUAUACCUAUAUCACUAUGGACUAUCCUACAGCACUUGAUAUAUUACACGCAACCGGAGUUACAGAAACACAUUAUACGGAUCUUAUGGAUGGUUCCGAUAUAUUCAAUCGACUCUUGGGUGGCGAUUAUUUACCCACCAAGUGCAAUUUACCUCGACACAUUACGAGAAUGCUACGAAGCUUACGUUGUUUAUAACUUCAUGGCGUAUUUGUUGAAUUACCUUACAAGAGAGUAUGAACUUGCAGGGACAUUAGGAGCAAAAUCUCAACAGAAGCACCUUGUGCCUUUCUGUUGCUUUCCUGUGUGGCCAAUGGGAGGAAUAUUUAUCGAACGAUGUAAACAAGGAGUGUUACAAUACACUAUUCUUCGACCGAUAACAACUUUAAUUGCUUUGAUUUGCGAGUUAGCCGGACGUUAUCACGAAGGCGACUUCAGUCCUGCCUAUGCUUGGGUCUGGAUUGUGUUUAUCAACAACGCGUCACAAAUUUGGGCGAUGUAUUGCUUAGUUUUGUUUUAUUACGCAACAAAAGAAGAACUGAAGCCUAUCAAACCUGUGGGAAAAUUUUUGUGCGUUAAAUUAGUUGUUUUUGCUUCAUUCUGGCAAGCUGUCGCGAUUGCUAUCGUUGUGUUUGUGAUUCCUUUCAAGCAGAAAUGGGGUUGGGUAACACGUGAUGAAAUGGCAAACGGUUUACAAGACUUUAUUAUCUGCAUUGAAAUGUUGAUCGCGGCAGUCGCGCAUCACUUCACUUUUUCGUAUAAACCAUUUAUUAUACAAGGACAUAAUGUUCCAUGGUAUCGAUCUUUUCGAAGCAUGCUGGACGUUUCUGACGUUCGUCAAGAUAUUGCUGAACAAGUUCGGGAAGUCGGACAGCGUGUUAUCCCGAAACAAGCACCUUGGAAACGCCGACAGAAAAAUGGAUUUACAGAAGACAGUGAAAAAUAUGAUGAAUUGUCGUCCUUAAUCACGCCAUCAUCUUCAGAUGGUGAAAUGGCGAAUAUUUUAGGGUACGGAGAUCGCCCUUCAUAUUCAUCUCAUGGCAGGGUGCAAGACAAUCAUACAGAUGCAUAUGACAAUGUAGAAAGAGACAGUGACAGGUAGUGCUGUUAUAAAAUGACUGUAUAUAGGGUGUCCAUGAAGUCUUAACAAUUUUUUAAAUUGCAAAGGGAAUUUAUCGAUACCAUAUAUUGUUUUGGCCCUCACAGAUGUAUCAAAUGAAGCAAAAAUAGUCAAACAAUUACUGAUUAAAAAACAACAAACCUGGUUGAGAUAUAUUGAGAACUGACUUCAUGAAAGGGACUUUAUUUCCUGUAUUUCAUAUUUAUGCAUAGGUCACACCCAGGGGUGGAUUCAGGGGGUCCCAACUUAUGCGAACUCUUUCUUAGAAUGUCCUCAUAAUUAGCAAAUCUGAAUCAUGAUUUUCAGAGCUAGAGUUUGGGCAUGAUUUUCUGAAAUAUGAGAAUCUGUUGUUAGUGAGUUAAUACAAAAGAAACAAUGUACAGAAAAUUCCGAAUCUCAUUAUCGAAUUAGUGAAUUUUUGUUAAAUUGUAUGUUGUAAUACUUGCUGUAUAUUCUGUGUUACAAAAAUGUUUUUGUGUGUGUGAACCAUCAUUUUUAUAUGAAUCAUAUUCUGUAUCCUGAUAGCGCCAUUUGCUAAAAGUUUUCCAUUAUUUAGGUGUCAUUUCUUCACACACAGCUUUGGUUCCUCGCUGCUUCCCUUCCCUGGUGCAACUGUGUGUUUACUUUUAUUUCUUAUUUUGUUUACGAUCGGUUUUUAUAUGAAUCAUACUUUGUAUGAUUGAUUACCAAGUUUUUGUAGUAAGUUUCCCAUCAUUUGUCACUUUUUGAUAACCAUUCUUGGUUUCCCACGGCUUCUCUUUCCAGGUUCAACUGUAUUUUUCCAUUUUCUUCUUACUUUGUGUGGGAUUGGUUUUUAAUGACUGGAAAAAAUAAAAAUGAUAUCAAAAUCAUCACUUGAUAUUAGCUGUCUCAUCGUCUUUUCUCUCUCCAGGAUAAAUAUGAAAUUUCAAUCCGAAACAUUCAAGUUGGGACUUCCAUAAUCAUACCAUGUUUUCCCGAAAAUAAGACAGGGUCUCAUUUCAAUUUUCUUUCGAAAAAUAACACUAGAGUUUAUUUCUGAAGAAUGUCUUUUAUUUCAUCAAAAACAAAAUUUCAAAGUAGAGAAUUACGAGAUUUAUAAAUAUACAAAAUAUGAAAUUUCAUUUACUAAUAAAUAACACAUUUUUUAUUAAAAUAAACUGCUAAGUCCUAUUUUAAGGGAGAGCUUAUAUUAGAAUCAUUUCUAAAAUUCAGGCUAGGUCUUAUUUUUAGGAAAACAUGGUAUCAAUGGUGACCGUACAUUUGAACCCAUGCGUAUAUCCACGGGUUCAAUCUAUAUGCGGGUGCUAAAACCCAUGGGUUAGGGUUAGUAUGGGUUUAACUAUCCGUGAAACAAAAAAAAUUCCAUAGGUGCAAUAGCAUACAGGUGCAAUUGUCAUGGGUUCAAAUGUACGUGGGUUCAAAUGUAAUGGAACCGGUAUCAAUGCAUAUUAAUUGAAUAAGAGGUUAACUAAUCCCAUAUCAGGCAUGUAAUGGUAAACGGACAAGAACAUUGAUCUGACAUAUGGUUUCCAGGCCAUUUUAUCUGCUUCCCCUCCGCAGGAUAAAUAUAUCAUCUUAUCAUCAAUCACUCUACACACAUAUUGCAUUUAUCAUUAGUAAUAGUGUUCUUGAAUUAAAAAAAUCCUUUUAUUUUUAUUCCUUAUCAUAUCAACAUUUUUUGUACGAAGCGAGGGCCAUUAACGGCCCACUUGAAAGCAGUCUUCAGACGAACGACCUAUUUGAAGCUCAUUAAGCACUUUCAAAAUCACCUGAAUUCUAUUUUAAGUUGAAUAUAAGUGGCUGGAUAGUCGCCAUUUUUUUUUAAAGGAAUUUUGUUAGAACCUUUAUAGCUAUAUUCAUAUUUUUUUCAAAUUAUACUCUUUACUUUAAAAUAUAGUUUAAUAUAUAAUACCAUACCGUAUGAAUUUUUCAAAAGUGUAUAGUUUUGGAAAUAUUGGAUUUUUUUUCUAUGGUAAAUUUUCUUACCUACACUCUGAACAGGCUGAAAGAGCCAUCAAUUUGGAAAAAGGUGGUAUUUCAUGUUUGGUAUUGAAGUCUAACUUAACAGUAAUUGUAUAUGUAGGAAUUAUCAAUGAGUAUAAUUUACUAUUUUAAAUACAUUCUAAAUAUUUUGUACAAAUCCCCUGCCUGCAAUGCAAAAAUGUGAGAUUUUUGAGAAAAAUUUUAAAUCAAAAUUAUCUAUUUGGGGUUAGAAGUGAUUUGAAAAUUUGAAUUUCCAGUACAAUCUUAAAUCCUAACCCUAAUGGGGUAAUUAAUAUUUUUAUUUUAUUUAGAGCGUGGGCACGGGUGUAUUUGGCGGGUGCUAUGUGCAAAAGAUCUACGAGCUUACCUAAUUAGGAAUCAAUCAAGUGCAGGCUUUAAUGGUUCAUGUGGAUAGUUUCUAAUCCUUGGCUGUAGCAUCUGUUUGACCUGUUCUAAUCUUUAUUGUUGCUAGGUACUUAUUGAUGUAAUAAGUUGUUAAUAUGGUGCUAAAGUAAACUUGUUUAACCUGGGCUAAACAAUGCAACCGUUAAGGCAGAAGAGCGCUCGAGCGCCGCCUACAUAUUAGUUUAGACAACGACUUGCUCAUUAGCAUUGUGUUUGUACUUAAACUUUUUUCAGCUUGUCCGCUCUCGAUAUCGAGCAGUUGCUUCUGCUGUGAUGCAAGAUGUUUUUGCUGUGAAUUAAAUUUUUAUUGGGAUAGAUAAAUUUUUUUUGGCUUUCUUGCCCCAAACUUUUAGAUCAAAUCCUAAUUUUUACAGUCUUCCUGAACAAAAUGUCUGGACAAGCAGCCAGUGAUAUGUAGGAUUGAAAUCUUUCUGGUUUCCGGAAACUUCACUAUUCCGAAUACUUUUGGAGAAAAUAUUUUUAAAAUAUCGAAUUAUAUUGAAUGCUUUUAUAGAGUCUUGUUCAGGGUAAAGAUAUGAAAUAUCGUCAUAGAAAAAAUUUCCUUGGAAUUUUUAUAUUGAUCGAUUCUGUGUCGUUUGCUCAGAUCCGUCGUUAACUUUUACUCUGAAAGUCUUGAAAAAUUAAUGAAAUGUAAAUAUCAUUUGUUUUCUGCAGAAAAUCUGAAGGAACAAAAAUUAAAAAUUCAUUAGAAAUCGAGCAAAUUCAUAUCAAAAAGGCGGAGAAGG